AUGGCCACCUCCGCAGAUACCUUGUUCCAGCAGAGGUCGGUGCUAGAUGUCCGGGAUUUUAACUUGCACCUAUCGCACGAGAUCGCUAAGGCCAGGGUCAACUUCGACAAUGAGCUUGGCAAACGGUACACUGAUGUCCUGGACGUGACGGAGGAAGUAGAGAAGCUGUUACGACAAUCGCGCCAGGCAGAUGCCAGUCUGAUGGAGCUGUGUUUCAACGACGCCAUAUGUAAGUUGGAAUCCAUCCCAGAACCGGUGCACGAGUCGCAGGAAUCAAUUCGGCCCAUUGGCCACAAUUCGGCCUUAGUUUUGGAUCCCACACUUGCCAAUGACGCCCACUCUACUUUGGCCGUCUCAGAGUGGACUCUGGCGGUGCUGGCGUUCGCUGAAGAGCCAGCGUCUCCCAAAUUGCUCGACGUGCUCGUUUCCAAAUUUCAUGUUCUCAAACAAAUCAAUGUGCCGGACCGGUUCGCCACAGUUAUCUGCGGCAAAUGCGAGCUUCUGGAAAGCGCAAUUCUGCAGCACAAGUUGUCACUCACAGCGGUCCAUUGGGUCAAAUUACAUGAGCUUUUCCAUGCCUUCCAAAAUUCGCCUCCGUUUCAAUUCAAACAAACAAGCAAAUACGAUGAUCUGGCCUUCGAUUUUCUACUCACGAACGAGGAACAUCUGCAACAAAACCGAACGGACGUCGACGUCCAGAAAUUUCUUAAGACGCCCGUGUAUAAGUCCAAAUCUGUGGAGCGAGUACAGAGAAGUAUUGAGGACCAAUUUCAAGAGUAUCACAGUGGGGGCAGUACUGAUCACCAGCACGGAUUGACGCUUUACGGUAACGAAUUUGAGCACUCCUCGCAGUUGUUUGUGCACGAGAUCGAUCUGUACUGCAACGGCAUUAUCUUGGGAAAUGACCAGAAACUAAACUCGUUGGUAGAGUCUAUCAUCCAGCUCAUUGCGAAACUCAAGAGCUGUGGUGUGGAUCCAACUGUCAUUACAGGUAUCAAGACCCGUUUGGUUAACUGCUUGCAGGAGAGAAUACAGCAGCUUGAGGACGAGAGAUGUGAGCCAGAGGCCGUCAUACUUGAAAACGUUCUCCUGGAUAAGACCACAGAAAAAUCUAGUGAGGACCAAGGUAGCACCAAAGAUGUGGACGGUGUGGUUGGGUCCACAAAAAGCGACACUAGGCUAAUACAGAGUGACGAGGACGCAACGGGUGCUGUCAAUGCCACCGAUAUAACAUCAACUGAGACGAACGCGAGAGACCAGACAUCGAACGAGACAGAAAAUGCUGGGAAGAUGCAUGCUGGCGCAAAUAGCUCAACGGAUGCCCCCGAAACUUCGUCAGCUGGCUCAUCUAACCCGCAGUUAGCUUCAGAGCAAGUGCUCGAUGUUACAGAAACACCUUCAAAGCCUACGGAAGACUCAGAAACUCGAGAUGCAUAUUUCAAUGCGAAUGUGAAAGUACCUGGUGAAGAAAAUAAGCUUUCAGACAAAAGCGAACCUUCUCUGGAAACCAAACUAACACCGGGAGAUGAAGAAACGACGAUUGCUAGAAACUCGGAUAAAAAAGAGGAAUUGGCUCCAAAUGUCGCGGAACCUUCUCUCAAAAUAAAUGACAUCACGCUCAAUUUAUCAACCAACACUGAAGAAAGUGUCUUGGAUAGCCAAGAAGCUUCUCGGGCUUCAAGCAAGUCACUAAAGCCUGAUAAAACUACUGAAGAUUCAAGAGCUAUCUCUACAACAGACAAAAACUCGAUUUUAAUAACCGACUCGGACGCCCUAGUGGACAUGGCAAUGAAGAUCAUGAAUAUUAAAAACCUCAGACGCUACCUCGAGUGCCACAUCCAUCAGAUUCAAGCACUCUAA